AUGAAUGAAACUUUUGAAUAAUGCCUGUCAAUGCAAUCAGGUAAAAACAAGCGUUAACGAAGUCCGUUAUAAGUCAAAUUUGUAACUUAACGUAGUUUCUAAGCAACUAAAUAAGCUAGCUCUGAGAAUGAAUAGCAACGAUUACUCUUGGAUUAUUCAAGAUAAGGAUUAGCAAAUUUUAACGUAAAGUUUGGUUUAUGAUAAAAGGAUUCAAUGAUUUGGAAUGGUCUUUUAUAUCUAAUGUUGAAUGAAAAUAAACUAAAAGAGUUUGAUAUGAAUAUUUUGAAAAAAAUCCCAUAACUAUAAAAUUUGUCAUUAGAAGAUAAUUAACUUUAGAAUUUUGGGCCAAUUGAAUAUAAUGAUGUUCCAAAAUUAUCAAUUCUUAAUUUAGCAAAGAAUUUGUUAAAAUAAAUUGAUCCUUCUUUAUGUAAAUUACAUCUAAAGAAAUUGUUUAUAUAAUAAAAUUAGUUUACUAUUAUAACUAAAUAAAUAUUAGAGUUAAAUAGUACUUUAGAAGUAUUAGGAUUAGGUUGGGGAAUAUUUUGUUAAUCAUAAUUUGAUUUUCUUUUGGAAGAUUAGAAAUUAAAAGUAUUUUUCACAUUGGUAGAAGCAAUUUCUGAUGAGUUAACAUUUGAAUCAUACAUAAUGAACUAUAAAUCAAUCAGUAAUGCGAUUACUGUUACUUAAGGAGAUAUUCUGAAUGAUAGCAUAAGUACAAAAAACCUUACCUCUCAAUAGAUUCUCAAAACGAGCAACUCCUGACCCAAAUUAAGGAGUAGCUGAAUUACCAUUCACUUGAGAUUGAGACUUAAUUGAAUUACAUUAAUGAUUAUAAAUAAGUAUCUUUAUGGAGAAUAUAUUUAGAAUCUUAUGCAUUUGGCAGUAGUAUAUGAUGAGAUUGGAAUUUUAGAAUAUCUAUUAAAUCAUCAUUUAGAUUUAGCAAAUCAAAUUGAUCUUAAAGGACAUACUCCAUUAAGUUUAGCUAUAGAAAAAAAGUAUUAUAGAUUGGUUCAAUUGAUUUUAAAAUAUAAAAUAAAUGUAAAUUUAGGUGGAGGAUUAUAAUCUUCUAAUUUACAUAUUGCAGCAUAACACUGUUAAGUCGAAUUAUUAUAAGAUUUGAUUAAUUUAGGAGCUAAUCCUGCUUAGUAUGAUAUUUUUAAAGAUACUCCAUUACAUAUAGCUAGUGCUUUUGGUGAUCAUAAAAGAGUCAAAUAAUUUUAUUAAGUUUUAUUGUAAUAACCAUUUGAUGUAAAUCACUAAAAUUUAAAAGGAUAAACUUGUUUAGAGAUUCUUAUUGAAAAAAAUAAUUUUAUUACUUUAUAAUUUUGUAGUGAAUGGAAUACUGCAUAAGUAAGAUAAUUUAAUGAUUAAAACCUUUUUAAUUUUUGUAGUAUCAAUCCACACACAAAAUUAUCAUUAUUAGAUAAAUCAGUAUUAACUAAAAGUUUAAUGAUUCAAUAGUUUCUUAUUGAUUUUCAACUUGUUCCUAUUACUUAUUAAACUUUAAUGUUAUGUUUUUUACCUAAAAUUCGUAAUGUUUUCUUAUAUAAAUUAUUAAAGAAAUAAUAAUUGAUAUAUAUUAGAAAUAUAAUAAUCUUUUAGGAAAAUAAUUUCGAAGAAGACACUGAUAGAAUUGCUAAUGUUUCUCCACCAAUAAAAGCAGUUGAGAAAUUAAAUUUAAGUGAUGAAAAUAGUUCUUUUGAUGAUGAUUAAUUGAGUAAUACCAGUGAUAAUGCACCUUGCUAAGUAUCAGAAAAUUUAAAGUAAUUAAAUAGUUGGACACCUAAAUUUCAAAAUAUAAGAAAUGGUAAUGUUAAUUUUAAAAAAUCAUUUUAUGAUAUAAUUUCAAAUUUAACAGAAUGUAUACCAGAUGAUGAAAUAUCUUUAAUACAUUUAAAUAAAGAUAUUAUUAAUAAUGGAACAAAAUUAGUUACCAAAAAGAAUAUGGAUGAAAUUUAUACUUCAAGAUUAGAACAUAAACUAUCUAAAGGGAAUAAAUAAAAUUUGAAGUAGCAUAAUUAUUCUCCAAACAAUAUUCGAAUGAUAGAGAAUAGAAAUUCUAUAUUUAAGUAUGAUAACUAUCACUAAAAAAGAUAGUUAGCAAUUUUAUAAAAAUAAAUGCGUUAAAUCAUCGUCAGUCUUCAGAAUCAUUUGAGAGAGUCCAAUCAAUAAAAUGAAGAAGUUAUAGGUUAAUAUUGUAGAACUCAAUUUCUCAUUUUAGACUAAUUUUUAAGUUCUAAGAUUGGAAAAGAAUUAAUUACAAUUGAUAAACCUCUAUAAAUGGAAAUAAGAACAUUAAGAACUUUAAUAGAGUAGGAUAGAUUCAAAAUAAAAACUGCCAAUCAAGUACUUGAUUUGUUUGAUUUAUUGAAAUGA